GACACAUAAUUUAAAUGUUGACAUUGACUUUUAGAAAUUCUCACGAAACUACACUGUUGAAAAUAUGUGUGUGUCUCAUAUUGCAGAGAUAAGCUCAAAUGGGUGGAGGAGGUUUGAGACUCUUGAUUUAGUGUGAAGAGUUUCGAAUGUAAGGUCUGAUCAGAGUUCUCUUUGAGGACAUCAGGUGGAAGGCCAAAAAGGAAUAUAUUCACUCAUGGCGACUCCAAGGGAUAUUUUCAACCUUUCAGGACCACUACAUCUGACUACUGUUAAUUGGGAAGACACAAAUCACCGGCGAGCUGUUGCUGCUAGCUUAGUUAAGGGAGUGUACAGUCUGGAACAUGAUCGCCAGCAGAAACGCCAAGGGCCUCAGGCUCUUGCUCCUCCCUGGUGGGACUUUUUUAAUUUCCAAUUAGUCCAUGUGCUAGUAGAUAAUGCUGAUCUCUCCAUCUUUGGCGCAAUUUAUGAGUUCAAAUUCCCAGCUUCCUACAGUUAUGGUAUGGCCCCAAACCCCCCACGAUAUGUUAUUGCCUUUCGAGGCACAAUCAACAGACCAGACACUAGGUGUCAAGAUCUCAAGUUGGAUCUCCAGUUCAUUUGCAACAGACUUCAAAAUAGCUCCCGCUUUCAACUUGCAAUGCAAGAAGUUGAAAACAUGGCUGCUGUAGCUGGAGCUGCAAACAUCUGGUUAGCUGGACAUUCACUGGGGUCGGCCAUCGCACUGCUUGCUGGAAAGAACAUGGUUAAGAUGGGGUGUCCUACUGAAACUUACCUUUUCAAUUCACCAUUUAUUUCUGCUCCAGUAGAACAGUUCGAGGAUCGAAAAUUAAAGCAUGGGAUACGCUUUGCAAGAAGUGUCAUCAAGGCAGGAGUUGCUGUAGCUCUAAAAGAUCGCCAACAAAGGCGUCGAGAAAAUGACACUUUUGUUGCAUUAUCUGCAUGGGUCCCCUACAUGUUUGUGAAUCCUUCUGAUCCUAUCUGCUCAGAGUAUAUUGGGUAUUUUCAACACAGGGAGAUGAUGGUAGAGCUUGGUGCCGGAGGAAUUGAAAAGCUUGCAACACAGAAUUCAAUAAGGAAUUCAAUAGGGAGUCUAUUCUCAAGUGGGAAGGAAUCAGAACCAUUGCAUCUUCUUCCAUCAGCACAUUUGACUAUAAAUCUAAGCCCUUCUGAGGAUUUUAAACGAGCCCAUGGACUCCGCCAAUGGUGGAGCCCAAAUCUCUAUUCGCAGUCCAAGCUACACCAAUUCAGGUGAGAUGUUGGUGUUGUUGGCUAUGUGUAAUUGUUAUCCGUAUCUAGUUUGGAAUUUCAUCACCUCUGGCAAAAGGGGGUGAUGAGUGUUGAUGAUCACGCCACGCUAGCUGCCCAAGUGACGCUACCUUUGAAAAUAGACACACCUGGCCAAUACUUAUUUGGCAUGCCUUUACCCCUGAAGGGACUAAGCACUGAGCGCUCGUUCGGCAAUCAUCAGCGCCAAGCGCUCGUCCAAAGCACCGAGCGCUCGUCCGGCAAUCAUCAGAGCCGAACACUCGUCCAAAGCACCGAGCGCUGGUCCAGCAAUCAGCAGCGCCGAGCGCUCGUCCAAAGCACCGAGCGUUCGUCCGGCAAUCACCAGCACCGAACGCUCGUCCAAAGCACCAAGCGCUCGACCAAAGCACCGAGCGCUCGACCAAAGCACCGAGCGCUCGUCCAAAGCACCGAGCGCUCGUCCGGCGAUCAUCAGCGCCGAGCGCUUGUCCAAAGCAUCGAGCGCUCGUCCGGCGAUAAUCAGCAUCGAGCGCUCGUCCGGCAAUCAUCAGCGCCGAGCGCUCGUCCAAAGCAUCGAGCGUUUAGACCCAGCUGGCAUUUUGAACCUUCAACAUUUUUUAUAAUCGCACCACGCUAGCCGGCCAAAUGGCGCCACCUCUAAAAAUAGGCACACCUGGCCAAUACUUAUUUGGCAUGCUUCUACCCCUGAAGGAACUAGGUAUCCUUGAGUUACUUGUCCCAUGACUGGACUUGUUGAACGAGGAGGGGGUUGCUACCCUUCCUCUCCUGAGGAUGCGCCCCGCUCCAGUCGGAUGGACCCAUCAUUCCUGCUCUUCCGAGGUCGAUUCCUGUUAGAGUGACCUCGAGCUUUCUGCUUUGUGAGCUCCCCUUUUUUUUGGAUAGAGGGACCUCGAAGUAUAGAAUCGGUGAUAAGUGCUCAAAUGUUGCAUAUUUUAACACCUAAGUUAGGGUAGUGUAGUCCUUCCAUCUAUCUUUAAUUAACCAUUUGAGUCCUAAUUUAUGUUUAUAUGUA